AUGACCAUAUGUGGUCAAACCUUUAGCCAGGCUAGCAGUGUCACAGUUCACCACAGAAUCCACACUGGAGAGAAGCCCUUCAGCUGUGACCUAUGUGGUCAAACCUUUAGCCAGGCUAGCAGUUACACAGUUCACCGCAGAAUCCACACUGGAGAGAAGCCCUUCAGCUGUGACCUAUGUGGUCAAACCUUUAGCCAGGCUAGCAGUUACACAGUUCACCGCAGAAUCCACACUGGAGAGAAGCCCUACAGCUGUGAGGUCUGUGGUAAAACCUUUAGACAAUCCAGUAACCUCAAGAAGCACAUGAGGAUCCACACUGGAGAGAAGCCCUACAGCUGUGACCUCUGUCGUAAAACCUUUAGCCAGGCUAGCAAUUACAGAGCUCAUAGCAGGAUCCACACUGGAGAGAAGCCCUACAGCUGUGACCUCUGUGGUAAAACCUUUAGCCAUGGAAACAGUUUCACAGCUCACUGCAGAAUCCACACUGGAGAGAAGCCCUUCAGCUGUGACCUCUGUGGUAAAACCUUUAGCCGGGCUGACCAUUUCAGAGCUCAUAGCAGGAUCCACACUGGAGAGAAGCCCUACAGCUGUGACCUCUGUGGUAAAACCUUUAGCCAUGGAAGCAGUUUCACAGCUCACUGCAGAAUCCACACUGGAGAGAAGCCAUACAGCUGUGACCUCUGUGGUAAAACCUUUAGCCAGGCUAACCAUUUCAGAGUUCAUAGCAGGAUCCACACUGGAGAGAAGCCCUACAGCUGUGACCUCUGUGGUAAAACCUUUAGCCAUGGAAACAGUUUCACAGCUCACUGCAGAAUCCACACUGGAGAGAAGCCCUUCAGCUGUGACCUCUGUGGUAAAACCUUUAGCCGGGCUGACAAUUUCACAGCUCACUGCAGAAUUCACACUGGAGAGAAGCCCUAUAGCUGUGACCUCUGUGGUAAAACCUUUAGACAGGCUGGGGAUUUAACAUAUCACCGCAGAAUCCACACUGGAGAAAAGCCCUACAGCUGUGACCUCUGUGGUAAAACCUUUAGGCGGGCUAGUGGUUUAACAGUUCACCGCAGGAUCCACACUGGAGAGAAGCCCUACAGCUGUGACCUCUGUGGUAAAACCUUUAGCCGGGCUGACAAUUUCAGAAAUCAUAGCAGGAUCCACACUGGAGAGAAGCUCUACAGCUGUGACCUCUGUGGUAAAAGCUUUAGACAGGCUGGGGAAUUAACAGUUCACCGCAGAAUCCAUACUGGAGAGAAGCCCUUCAGCUGUGACCUCUGUGGUAAAACCUUUAGCCGGGCUGACCAUUUCAGAAGUCAUAGCAGGAUCCACACUGGAGAGAAGCCCUACAGCUGUGACCUCUGUGGUAAAACCUUUAGCCAUGCUAGCGGUUUUACAGUUCACCGCAGAAUCCACACUGGAGAGAAGCCCUACAGCUGUGACCUCUGUGGUAAAACCUUUAGCCGGGUUGACACUUUCAGAGCUCAUAGCAGAAUCCACACUGGAGAGAAGCUCUACAGCUGUGACCUCUGUGGUAAAACCUUUAGCCAUGGAAACAGUUUCACAGCUCACAGCAGGAUCCACACAGAAGAGAAGCACUAAGCACUCCACGCUGACUAUUUUUGUCCAACAAAUGACCUAUUGAAGACUUUCUUGCC